UGUACCAAAGAUUUUUCACUCAAAGAAAUAUACCUGAACAAGGGAAAAGAAGGAAGAAGAAAGCUGACAAGAACCCUAAUUUUCUGGUUGUAUUGGAAAACAAGCUACUAGUCUCUAUAAGGAUUCCAUGGGAGCGUGCAUUCAGAGCGUCAAUGGAGUCAAGCAGCAGAGAGUGUGGAGAGUGUAAGGUCAGAAAACAGAGACUGCAACACUAAUGUCUAUUGAUAAAGAAUUGGAAGAACAACUCCUUGAAGUCGGUAACAAGCUCGCAGUUCCUCCGUCCUCAGUGGAGGAGGUCCUCCAACUCCUAGACCAAGUGGAGAGCCUCCUAUUAAGGGUUGGACAAGCACCUUCAUCGUCCAUGGAAAAUGCACUCUCUCCAUCAUUGAAAGCAUUAAUUGCAAACAAACUUUUGCAACACUCAGAUGAUAAUGUCAAAGUUGCAGUUGGUUCUUGUAUCAGCGAAAUAACAAGAAUCACUGCACCUGAAGCUCCUUAUGAUGAUGAUCAGAUGAAGGAUGUCUUUCAAUUAAUAGUAUCGGCAUUUGAAAAUCUACAUGAUAAGCUAAGCCAAUCAUAUGCAAAGAGGAUAUCAAUUCUUGAAACGGUUGCAAGAGUCAGAUCAUGUGUGGUUAUGCUGGACCUUGAAUGUGAUGCCCUGAUUUUAGAGAUGUUUUGGCAUUUCUUGAAAACAAUAAGGGAACAUCAUCCAGCAAAUGUUUUUUCGUCCAUGGAAACAAUUAUGACUCUUGUUCUAGAGGAAAGUGAAGAUAUAUCCUUGGACUUGCUCUCUCCACUCCUGACCAGCAUUAAGAAAGACCAUGAGGAAGCUUGUCCAAUUGCCCAAAAAUUGGGGGAGAAGGUCCUUGAAAGUUGUUCAACCAAGCUUAAACCCUACUUGGUUCAAGCAGUGAAAUCCUUGGGUAUAUCUGUGGAUGAUUAUAGUAUGGUGCUUGCUUCAAUUUUUCAGGAAGUUAACAAAGAUUCAAGGGAAGUUACACCCUCUCAACAAGAAAAUCCUGAUGGGAAUAUAUCUCCGAAGUCUGUCAUGAGCAAUGGUGUUACUUGUGUUGGAGAUGAUAAUGAUUUGGACACUGAAAAAGUUGACAAUAGUAAACAAAAGUCGGAACAUUCUACCAAGAGACGACAAAAGAAACCAACCACUUCAACCAAAUCAGCAAAACGUUCCAAGGGUGAAGUCGCUACUAAUGCGAAAGAGACUGAGAAUGAAAGCCACAGCAGGAAAGUUCCCUGUUCCCCUUCUGAGGACCAUUCUGUUGAAGCAGCCGUAUUACCAAAGGCAUGCUACAACGAAUCUGAAGUAUUAGCUUCUCCUCCUAGUGAGAGCUUCCAUGAGGAAAAUCUUUCAAAGAAACUUGGACGAACAAAAAUGAAAGACGGUUCUGUAAGAGAAGGAGCUGCAGAGAAUGUUUCAAAGGUGUCCGGAGGAGCUAGUGAUUCAGAAGCCAAACCUGCCAGGAAGUCAGUGAAAAAGGCCCAUGGUCAGAUCUCUGAUGCGAAAAAAACUAGUGUGGUAGAUUCAUUAAAAAAAAGAAGUGAUUCAGCAAUUGAUGCAGAUACGGAAAAGCACUCUGCCAAGAAAUUAGAUAAUAACAAAAAGGGCAUAGGCGGAUCCUCUUCAAGGCAGAUGGGGGACAAGAAAAAGGGAUGCUGGCGGAAAGAAAUGCUUUCUUCUCCAAAGUCUGGAACAAAAUCAACUAAGGAUGAAAAUCCAGAGACUCCCAAGACAACUGUAAUGAAGCUUACAUCAGGAAAAGAAAAUGAGUCUGAUACUGAGAAAUAUGGUGAAAACGUUGUUGGUUUACGGGUCAAAGUUUGGUGGCCUAAGGAUCGUGAGUUUUACAAAGGUGUUAUUCAUUCUUUUGAUUCUGCCAAAAAGAAGCACAAGGUCUUCUAUGAUGAUGGAGAUGAAGAAACAUUGAAUCUUGUGAAGGAAAAAUGGAAGGUCAUUGAUGCUGACUCAGAUGCAGAUGAGGAGGAACAACGUGAGCCUGCAAGUCUUGAUGCUUCCACUGAUAUGCCACCAAAGAAGAAAGGGGAAACAAGUGUUGGUGAGUCAAACAAGCAAGGAAAGACAGAUCCUUCUUCUAGAAGCGAUGGAGUAAUUGCAUCCAGUAGAUCAUUGGAUGUAUCCAUGAAGUCCAGUCACAAGUCCAAAGAUGGGAAGAAAUCGAAAGGUUCCAACACUACUAGGAAAUUAGAGGAUGUAGUUAGUGUUGGUGAGUCAAACAAGCAAGGAAAGAUGGAUCCUUCUUCCAGAAGCGAUGGAGCAGUAACAUCCACUAGAUCAAAGGGUGUAUCCAUGAAGUCUAAUCUCAAGUCCAAAGAUGGCAACAAAUCGAAAAAUUCCAAGACUAAUAGGAAAUCAGAGGAUGAAGUUGGUGUUGGUGAGUCUAACAGGCAAGGAAAGACAGAUCCUUCUUCCAAAAGUGAUGGAGCAAUAGCAUCCCACAACUCAAAGGGUGUAUCCAUGAAGUCUACCCACAAGUCGAAAGAUGGCAACAAAUCAGAAGAUUCCAAGACUAUUAGCAAGUCAGAGGAUGAAGUUUGUAGAAAAUCUAAGGACAGCACUGCUAAAAAUGGUAGCCGGAAAUCUGUUGUUGCUGAUAAAAAAUUGAGUAAUAAAUUAGAAAACACUGAUACUUCCAAGACAAUUGAAUCAAAGGAUGAUGAAAUUAACAUGCCAAAAUCCUGUGUCAAGUCUAAGCAUGAAGCUUUCAAAGGUGAAAAAUCCAAACUAGAAAUCCUGAAGACUACCUUAUUGAAAGGAAAACGUCACAAAAGUGGUGGAAAAAUAGAUGUUGGCAAUGGAAAGUCUGGUUUGUUGAAGAGAAAAUAUCCUGAGAAUGAUUCAGAUGUUUCAGCAGGAGAGGUUAAAGAUGUCAAGGGAAAGACUUCACAUUCAUCAAAGCUACAAGGAAGUGAACUCAAGAGUGGAAAGAAACGUCAGAGAAACUAGAAGUGGGUAUUUAUCCUGGCUAUCAGUUCUACUCUUCCUGUGGCUGGAGUGAUCAAAUGAAUUUAAGCCGUGUAUCAGGUAGCUGUUUUAUUUUGUUGCUAGUGUUGUUAUAUUUAGUUAUUGGUUAGGCUAGUUUACUUGAAGUAUGGAUUAGCGUCUGUAGUCACUUUUUGGUUGUUUCUAGACCAGAUCAAUGUUAUAUGAAGGACAACGCUAGAAAAUAGUUUGCUAGCAUUCAUUUAAAAAAUUUUGUUGACACUACCUUGUUUGAUAAUAUAUGAUACACAUUCAUUAACA